UUUCGUUGAGAACGUAAACAGCCCAACGCUCAGCCUCCUUAUCUUCAGGGUUGCAGACGUUCCGCACUGUCCAUGGUAUCACAAUAACAAGCCUCCAUCAGACACAGAAGAGAGCCGCCGAGAAGCGCAUCGCCUUUCAGUUAUGAAGACGAACAAUAAGAAAGCUUCGAGUGUUAAGUGUGUUCAGAGAGAAGUGGACAAUGAAAAGUGAUAACCUCAAACGAUCGUUGGGCUUCUGCAUGGUUUUGUUGGUCCAAUUGUCCCAGUCGUCCGCUCCGAGGAACCCACAGGACUUCCAGUACAAAGUGUCUAUGCUGCUGAGGGCGGAGCCAGCGAACCCCAAGUGUUUUGCGGAGGGACGGAAGGACUUUACCUGUUUUUGGGAGGAAGACGAGGCGACGGCCGGACAUGUGGGCCAGUAUUCCUUCACCUACGCCUACCAGAAAGAGAACAGCAGCCGGUGUCCGCUCAGGACGCACCGCGCGGCAGACGGGAAGAGGCUGUUCAUCUGCCAACUGAACAACACCCAGAUGUUCAUCCAGAUGGACAUCAAGGUGGAGCGAGACAGCGUGACGAUCUACAACCGAAGCCUGCUAGUGGAGCUCGCCUUCCUCCUAGACCCCCCGCGGAACCUGAGUGUGUCCCAGACGGAGCAGCAGGGCCAGCUGCGGGUGUCCUGGGUCCCCCCGGAGGUCAAGUACAUGUCCGACAGCAUGAUGUACGAGGUCAGCUAUGCCCCGGCCAACGGCGGCCUGCCGCAGGUGGAGGAGGUGCAAGCGAGGUCAGAGGUCGUGCUGAGGGGCCUGAGCCCGGGGACAAUCUACGUGGUCCGCGCGCGCGGCAAACUGGAUGGAAUCAGCUACAACGGCUACUGGAGCGCCUGGACCCAGCCUGUCUCCAUGGAGACGCCCCCUGCAGGCUUUGACAUCCUCAUCAUCUUCCUGGUGGCCAUCAUCUCUGUGAUCGUCUUUCUGCUCUCCGUCACCCUCAUCAUGUCUCACCGCAGGUUCAUUAAAAAGAAGAUUUGGCCGGCCAUCCCAAAUCCUGAGAGCAAGUUUCAGGGCCUCUUCACCGUAUACGGAGGAGACUUCAGGGAGUGGCUAGGCCACACCAAUGGCAGUCUGUGGCUGAGGCCAGCCUUUUACUCCUCUGAGGGGUGUCCUUCUCCCCUGGAGGUCCUCUCUGAGCUCAGCCUGUGCUCCCAGCUGCCCACGCCACCUCUUCCCCUAAAGGCCUCCAGAGCCGGGCCCGUAGAGCGACAGGGGGAGGAGAAGUCCUCCAGGAAGGAGGAGGAGGCUUCGGGAGGCAUGGGGGUGUGGCGUGAGCCGCCCCACGACCACUGGCUGAUGGAGCAGCUGCGGGCGUUCAACCGGCUCGCCGUGCCCUCCUCCCAGUCCUCCCUGCUGGAGUCUCAGGACGCCUACGUCACCCUGGACGCCCAGCAGCAGGCCAGCACGGAGGUGGAGGAGCACCUGGACGACAUCAUGGAGGAGAGCUCCCCACUGGAGGUGCUGUUCGCCUCGUCUGAGUCCCACUCCGAUCUGGGCUCCAUGCAGCGGAGCUCCGGAUCGGGCCGCCUCUCCUCCGGCUCCAGCUUGGAGUACCCCAACCAGACCUGGCCCCCCAAGGGCCCCGGGUACACCUGCAUGGCGGUGGCGGACUCCGGGGUCUCCAUGGACUACAGUGCCAUGAGCUCCGGUUGCGUCAACGUCGUCAGAAAGACACGGGUCUACAACGAGUACAAGAACGAGAUCUGGUCUGAGCCGAGACCAGUGCUGACCAGACAGUCGCAGGUAUACAACGGCUGGUGAUCCAAUGGCAAGCCCUAUGACUACCAGCUUACCGGCUGCUGAUCCAACAGAAAGCUCAACGACUACUGGCUUACCGGCUGGUGAUCCCGCUCCUAGCUAUACAACUUCCAGCUUACCGGCUGGUGAUCCCACUGCAAGCCCUACAAUUACCAGAUUACCGGCUGGUGAUCCAACGCCCAGCCCUGAGACUACUGGCUUACUGGCUGGUGAUCCCAGAGCAAUCCCUACGGCUACCAGCUUAACGGCUGAUCCUACGCCAAGCACUACGACUAGCAGCUUACCGGCUGGUGAUUCUACGCCAAGCCCUACGAUGAAUGAAUGAUGAAAAGAAGCUGUGGGAUGUUUAAUACCUGGCAUUUCUUAUUGUGUGUAUGCGUGAUAUGAUUGUCCGGGGAGGUCAAGUUAAUUUGUAAAAAAAAAUGUUUUACUUGAUUUAAAGUAGCAAUACAGUAACAACAUGUAUACUGUUAAACUAUGAUGUAUUUUGAUUUACAGAAUUUUUAUUUUGUAACUUUAUAUUUGGAUAACUAUGAGGAUUACAUAUAUUGACUUAUAUGGUUCCCUCAGGUCUAUAUAUAUAGGAAAUAUCACAAUACCAAUAGGAUUAUUUUCAGUUAAGCACUUUUGAAUUAAAGCAAAAGUAUUCAUGCUAGCACUAUAUAGUUGUUAUUUGCAUGGCAAUGUCUACUUCCAAAUCUUUAUUUGUAUAUAUUGUCAUUUUUGUUUGGUUUAUGAUGGUGAUUUUCCUAAAAUAAGAAUAUUCACGAUAGGUUCACAAUAUUUUUUUUUAACGCCAGGUCUGAUGCUAAAUAAUCACUGCCACUUAUGAUGGCACAAGUCGACAGAUUUAAUAAUGGCUAGUAGUGGCUAAUCACCCUCAGACAUAAGUAAAGGGACCCUUUUAAUGUAAUGCUGAAUAUCAAUGUCUGUGAUUGUUGCCCAGUGUUGCAGUCACACUGUAAAUAAUCUAGUUAUUUUCUUCUGUUAGAUGUGUUCAUGUUAGUUUUGUUACGGUCAAAAAGUCCAAAACAUCACACCCCAUCUCCUUUCCUAACCACUUUCCCUUGAGGGGAAACAUCAUGAGGUCAAGGAGAGUUUUGAAGGCGCAUUCAUAUGGACUCCGGGAAAGACACCCGCAGACAACCCGAAGAUGGACAACUAAAAGUGAAUCUACUUUGCUGCGGUGCUCUUAACAUGUUGUUUCAGUCAGGCUGUAUAAACUUGGACAACCCUAUGGAAAAGGUUACUUCAUUACCAUGGUUGAGAUUUAAACCAAAAAAGUACAUUCAUUCUACACAAAACAUAGUUUUAUAUAAAA